CAGAGUUUGAUUUUCAGUUUGUGAGCUUUGAGGCGCGCCAUGGCUUCCAAAUCAGCAGCUCUCCUCCUCUCGGUACUGAAUCUUGUUCUGUACUUCAUUGUGCUUGUGAUUGCUUCAUGGGCAGUGAAUCAUGCGAUUCAAAGAACACGUGAAACAGCAUCUGUUCUGUCCACUCCGGCACACCUGUUUCCGAUAUACUUCCCAAUGGGAAACAUGGCGACUGGUUUCUUCAUAAUCUUCGCUCUCAUUGCCGGCGUUGUGGGGUUCACAACCUCACUCACUGGAUUGCACAACAUUUCCAAAUGGAAUGCUUCAAACUUGUAUGCAGCAGCCAUGUCCUCAAUGACAACAUGGGCACUUACUUUACUAGCAAUGGGAUUUGCAUGCAAAGAGAUUCAACUUGGAUGGACAGACUCAAACCUGCGUACCUUGGAAAUAAUCACCAUAAUUGUAAGUGGAACCCAACUGCUAAACACGGGUGUUAUCCAUGUUGGAGUCUCAGAAAUCAUUUCAUAUAGAGAUGGAAGAGUAUGAGUUUCAGAUUCACUGGUGGCCUGGUGCCAUAUAUGAAUUCUUUAUGUCAUAUAUGAAUGCGUGAUUCUCUUUGUACUUUUAUCUGAAGUUGUUUUGUUUUGUUUAUUUCAAUAUCUUAAUGUUAAUACUCAUAUUGUUUUUUUUUUUUUUUAUUUCACCAAGCAUAUGUAAAUGCAUCAUUUGUA